AAGAGAAAAAAGCUGAAGGUAAUCUUACCCAUGGCCAGUCAGGUGUUGCCUCUGAUGAACUGGGUCUAAAGGGUUAGCUUAAUACUUAAUAGCACAGCCUUGAGCACAGCUACAACAUUGAAGUAUCGCCCUUGUAUCCUACAUGAAGGGGUCUCGCAACUGUCCUUCCUGUGAAGUCCACACUCUCCCUCCCGAAAUUGCCAGACAGUGUCAUCUCGCAGAGCCAGUGUCUUCGUGUCAUCAGCUCUGAUCUCAAGAGGUUGCAGGUUGAACCAUGGAAGUUGAUUAGCCUGAAUAGCGGAGUUUGUGUGCGUAGGGAGAGUUGAUGAAUGACUCUGCUUCGGUGAGGUUGGAGGAGUUGGAGCCGGACGCUAUUUCAUAGAAUUGAUCAACUUUCGCGCAUCUUCGAGAGGUUCCGCGGGCUUUGGAACGAGGAGAAAUGGCGCCGAACUUUCUGCAAAUAAUGCUCAUACUAGUUGCGACUCUUCCGAUGUGCUGGGCGGCGAGGCCAGUGGAGACUUCCGUUACGAUUGUCUCUGGUGAAAACGCUGCAUCGGCUGUCUUUGAAAGUGAUAUUCCUUCUUCCGCCCACAAUUACACCCGAAGACUGCUGAAGGGGUGUGGCACGGGGAAUCCAAUCGAUGACUGCUGGAGAUGUGAUCCGCAUUGGAGAGCCAACCGGCAGAGCUUAGCAAACUGUGCCAUCGGAUUCGGUAAGAAUGCCAUAGGCGGCAAGACUGGCAGAAUCUAUGUUGUGACGGACGACAGCGACGACGACGUUAUCGACCCUGCGCCAGGCACACUUCGCUAUGGCGCAAUGCAAACCGAGCCACUGUGGAUCAUCUUCGACCGAAACAUGAACAUCAAGCUUAAGAACGAACUCAUCGUGCAAAGCUACAAGACCAUAGACGGGCGUGGUGCCAAUGUGCACAUCGCCGGAGGAGGCUCCAUAACCAUUCAGUACGUGCACAACGUGAUCAUUCACGGUGUGCAUAUUCAUGACAUCAAGCAGACAGGCCCCGCAGUAAUUAGGGGAAGUCCCAGUCACUUCGGGGACAGGGGCAAGGCUGACGGUGACGCGAUCUCCAUUUAUGGGUCUCACGAUAUAUGGAUUGAUCACAACUAUCUCUCCCAUUGCACCGAUGGCCUCGUUGAUGUAACUGAAGCUUCCACCGCGGUGACUAUCUCCAACAACUACUUCACGGACCACGACAAGGUGAUGCUUUUAGGGGGCCACCCGAAGGACAGCUUCGACAAGGUCAUGCAAGUGACGGUGGCAUUCAACCACUUCGGCGAAGGCUUGGUGGAGCGCAUUCCAAGAUGUCGAUUCGGUUACUUCCACAUUGUGAACAACUUCUAUAGCCCAUGGCUGAUGUACGCCAUCGGGGGGAGCGAGAGUCCGACCAUCAACAGCGAGGGCAACUUCUUCAUGGCUGGGUCCUUCAAGGAGGUGACGAAACGCAUCGAGGACGAUGGCAGCAGCAUCGAUGGCUGGGAGAAGUGGAACUGGCGGAGCUCCGGCGACAUCUUCCAGGACGGCGCCUUCUUCACCGAUUCUGGCUCUGCAGGCGGCGGCAGUUUCUAUGCCAAGGCCACUAGUUUCUCCGCUCGUCCUGCCGCUUUAGUUGCCUCCAUGACCAACGACGCCGGGCCUCUGAUGCUAUAACCAUUUUACUCACCAACCACACUAGCACAAUGCUGCCGCAUCACCAGUCGACGGUGGUCACGUAGAUAUGAAAGAUCGUGAGAGGUCGAAGUAUAUAUAUAGAAAAUAUUCAAGCAGUUUUGAAGUAAUCAACACUGUGGAUUUGUAUGAUAGAGCCGAAUUUGUGGCUGCUGUGGGAGGUGGUCUCUCUCUCGUUUGUGAACCAGGCUGUUGUGCAGGUUUGCAUACAAAACGAUGUGAUGUGAUAUGAUAUAAAAUGCUCGUUGAACAAGUUUUCGUCU